AUGGAGCAGACAUGUGAAGAUAUAGACCAAAUGUUCAGCAAUCUGCUGGGAGAAAUGGACUUGUUGACCCAGAGUUUAGGAGUUGAAACUCUUCCGCCACCUAGCCAUGACCCACCCAGAACUGAAUUUAACUACAGUGUUGGUUUUAAAGAUUUAAAUGAAUCGUUAAAUGCACUGGAGGACAAUGACUUAGAUGCUCUAAUGGCUGAUCUUGUAGCCGACAUAAGUGAAGCAGAGCAGAGAACCAUCCAAGCCCAAAAACAAGCUUCUCAGCAUCAACCAAACACAGCAUCUCUGUCAUCAUCCGUCUUUGGCAAUGGAGCUUCCCUGGAUUAUAAGACAAAUUUGGCCAGUACUGGAAUUAGCAAUUAUGAGUAUGAAUUGCCACCCCCACCUGCUGACCCUAUAUUAGACCUUCCACCCCCUCCACCUCCUCCUCCUGAACCUCUCACUCAGGAAGAAGAAGAAGCACAAGCUAAAGCUGAUAAAAUCAAGCUCGCCUUGGAAAAACUGAAGGAGGCCAAGGUUAAAAAGAAUUUUUAUCUGACUACUAAAGGAAAAAAAGAAGGCAAGGAAACAAAUGAGAAAAUGAAUGCAAAGAAUAAGGAAUUUUUACUCGAGGAAAGUUUCUGUGGGACAUCUGUCAUUGUGCCAGAGAUUGAAGGGGCUCUUUAUUUGAAAGAAGAUGGAAAGAAAUCCUGGAAAAGACGCUAUUUUCUUUUACGGGCUUCUGGAAUUUAUUAUGUACCCAAAGGAAAGACUAAGACCUCACGGGAUUUGGCUUGCUUCAUCCAGUUUGAAAAUGUAAAUGUUUAUUACGGAACACAGUACAGAAUGAAAUAUAAAGCUCCGACUGACCAUUGCUUCGUACUGAAGCACCCCCAGAUUCAAAAGGAGUCACAAUAUAUCAAGUACCUUUGCUGUGAUGAUGCACGAUCUCUAAAUCAGUGGGUCACUGGAAUCAGAAUUGCCAAGUAUGGAAAGAUCCUCUAUGACAACUAUCAGAAGGCUAUGGCAAGAGCUGGACUUGCCUCUCGGUGGUCUAACCUAGGCACUGUGGACCCAGCCACGACAACACAGGCCCCCUCCAAAGGGCAUACAGUAGGCACUGUACAACCUAAUGGACAGAUUUCCCAGACUACAAAUUCUGUUAGCGGAAUUUUCCAAGAGGCCCAAAGACAUGUUGAAGCAACAAAGGACAGGAAGCCGGCCGUUAGCCACUCAGCCGCACCCGCGACCCACCAGAAGAAAUCCCAGCUGCCCCCGCCCCCACCACCGCAACGUCGCUCUUCUAAUGUGAAUUUGGCACCUCCGAUGCCCCAGAAAGCGUCCGGCCACGAGGACUUUCCUUUACCGCCACCUCUGGGAGAGGCGGAGCUCCCACCCCCGCCGCCAGAUUUUAAUGAAGAGCCUCCCAACUUCGUGCCUCCCCCACCUCCGGCCGCUGUGGCUGGGGGCGAAUUUCCAUUACCCCCUCCUCCCCCUCCUCCACUACUCCAGCCCGCCGAACCCAGCAAACCUCUCCCGCCCAUCACCAAAAAGCCUCCCAUGCCCCCUAAAAGGCAAGAGAAUCCAGGGCCACCCCCCGGGGGGGCGGGCGGGGAACAAGAUUUUAUGUCGGAUCUAAUGAAAGCUUUGCAGAAGAAGAGAGGCAACAUGUCCUAAAAAUGUUUGUUUCUGAAAGAGAAAGUUUUUCUCUCCGAAUAAGUAUGCCUUUUUCCAAUCGUGUGUUUUAAUUAUUGCAUUCUAGAGACAACUUAUUGUUUUGUAAAAUAUUGACUGCAGUAGAAACGAUGUACAUAUUUUCUGUCAUUCAGUCAUUAACCUUUUUAGGAUUGACUUGUGUCUACUUGUAUAGCAAAAGAAUAUAUCCUUGGUUUUUUUG